AUGUCUCUCUCGGACCCUCCUCGAAUCAACUCCAUCAGAAUCCUCCUCCUCAACCCCAACUCUUCCAUCGCCAUGACAAAGUCCAUGGAAGCAGCUGCCAACUCAAUAGCAACUCUGUCUCCAUCUGUCUCCAUCAGCACCUACACGGCCCCAGAGCCGUCUCCUGCCAGCAUCGACAAUGCCGAGGGCAUCCAGGCCAGCGUUGAAGCGGUGAUCAACGACCCAAACUUCAACUCUCGUCUCCAAUCUGAGGCCUACGAUGCUGUUCUCGUUGCCUGCUUCAGCGUUCACCCUCUGGUUAAACACCUUGCCAAUACCCUCAAGCCAGUUCCCGUAACAGGCAUCUUCGAAGCCAGCAUCCUGACUGGGUUGUCUCUUGUCCCCCUCGUUGAAGGGGAGCAGCUAAAAUGGGGCAUCGUGACAACGGGCGCCUUCUGGGAGGCUCACCUCGCCAACGGCGUUGCCUCUUUCCUGGGACAGACACCAUCUUCGGCAUCUGCAACAGGGUCCUCGAGCCUCAGUGACGGCAGAUUCGCCGGCGUCUUUUCCACCGGCCUCAACGCAGGGGACUUCCACACAAUCUCACAGGAGCAGAUCAGCGUGCGUCUCAGGGAAGCCACCAAGCGCCUGCUCUCCUCGGGAAACGUCACCUGUGUCGUCAUGGGCUGCGGUGGCAUGGGCGGCCUGCAAGACAUGAUCCGCACCAUCGUCGUCCAGGAGUACGGCCAAGACAGGGCUAGAGACGUCUCCAUCGUUGACGGAGUCCAAGCCGGAGUGCUACAGCUGCAGCAGACGGUGCUCAGCCGGCGAGUCUUUGGCGUCAAAUAGGCCGGGG